CCCCGCGAUAUCAGCCAACAAAUAAUGACACGGCAUUUACCAAUAACAGCCAAGAAUCCGGGGUGUGGAACGUUAAAUAGGUGGACGUGCAGCCUGGUUUUCUCCCAGCUCUCGUCAGAGACCAGAAGCAACGUCCUCUGGCAUUCCUCCUCGUCUCUCGCAUUCCCUCGUCUCAAUCCACAACAAGUUCCACCACUCGACAGACAGCGAUGGAGCUUUCCAAGGAUGUCCCUACAGAGCUGAGCGACAAUGUGAAGUCUUCCCCGUCGAGCAUCGAUGUGGCUGGAGAUGAGGCCGAGGAACGCCGCAUCGCCAUGGCCAACUAUGUGCCCGGAACGAAGAAGGAGAAGCUCCUCGUCCGCAAGGUGGACUUGAUCAUGAUACCAAUGCUUUGGUGGAUGUGUGUCCUUGCCUAUGUGGACCGAAACAACAUCGGGAACGCAAAGGCUGCGGGUAUGAACGACUCUCUGGGGCUUGACGACCAAGGCUAUUCGAUGCUCAUCUCCAUCUUCUUCAUCGGUUACGUGGUGUGGGAGGUCCCUUCCAACAUCGUCAUGGCGCGCACCCGGCCGUCCUUAUACCUCCCGGGAUUGAUGGUCAUCUGGGGCGCCCUUGUCACCGGCAUGUCCCAGGCAAAGAAUUCCAAAGAUAUCCUUGUAUACCGUUUCUUCCUAGGUGUGGUCGAGGCAGGGUUCUUGCCGGGAGUCAUGUACCUCAUGUCCUGCUGGUACAAGAAGAGUGAAAUUGGAAAACGCUUCUCCAUUUUCUUCACUGCCCUGUGUGUCGCGGGCGCCGUCAGUGGGCUGAUCUCCGGCGCCGUCAUCUCCGGCCUCGAGGGAACCCGCGGCAUGGAAGGGUGGCGAUGGCUGUUCUUGAUCGAAGGAGUCCUCACUGUCCUCACCGGCAUGUUCGCCGUAUUCGUUCUUCCGGACUAUCCCGACACGACGCGCAGACUGAAUCUCGAAGAGCGACAGCUUGCCGCCGUGCGAAUCCUGCAGGACAAGCAUGCCACGACUGCCCAGGCAACCAGGAGUUUGACGUCGUGGCAGUCCAUCAAGGCAGCUGUCUCGGAUCUCCGGACGUACUUCUUCGCCAUCCUCUACUUCCUCGAUAACGGCUCGACUACGAUCUCGUACUUCAUCCCCACCGUGUUGAGUGACAUGGGGUACCAAGGCGUCAAGGCCCAGUGGAUGACAGUUCCCAUCUGGAUGGUCGGCACCGUAUUCUUGCUUGUCCUUCCGCAGUCCUCCGACCGCACUGGAGACAGACGGUGGCACAUCGCAGGCGGUUUGGCCAUGUCCUUCGUCAGUGCCGUCAUCAGCGCGACGGUACUCAAUUCUGCAGUCCGGUACACCUUCAUCUGCUUCUAUAUCUCUGGCCUGUAUUCAACCCUUCCUCUGAUUCUAAGCUGGGGAUCCGAAGUCAUCGGACUCCCGGCCGAGAAGCGUGCCGUCGUUAUUGCAAUGGUCAAUUGCAUCGGAAAUCUCUCAGCCAUCUACGGCAGCCAAUUGUGGCCGAGCGAAGACGGCCCGCGGUACGUCAAGGGAUUCGCUGCCGUUGCAGCUUUCGCCGGGUUUUCUGCUCUGCUGUCCGCCGCUGGGCCACUCAUCUUUCGGUGGCUGCCUAGCUUCCCAACAAAGGCCGAGCGCGAACUUGCCGAGGAAGAACAGGCCGCCAGUCCCGUGGAAUAGGGGUGUCGGGAAUAGGCGCGGGGAAGACGACACAGGAGACUAUCAAUUGUACAG